AUGUCGGCCAGCAGCAAGAAACAGACCGCUUGGUAUGAGCAACUUGAGAGUGCACUCUCCCAAGCUGCGGACGACUUCUUGAUGGCGGCGCACGACGAUGGCCAUCUCACGGAUCACUCACAUAAGAGGACCAGAGAGGAUCGUCAUGCGAGGAUGUUGCCUUCCCUGGCUGACUUCCGCUUUGACGAGCUGGCGGUGAUGGCACAGUACCAGCUGGUCUUCGACGAUUUCAACAAAGCGCACGAACAGCUUCAGACCCACCACUACUGGGGCGCCGAGUUUUGUUCUGGCUGCCUGGUGUAA